AUGAACAAUCAGAAUUUUGAUGGAAGAAUUAAAAAUCUGGUAUCCACUCUGCAGUCGCAGUGUUUCCACAGGGGCAUUGGGGCGCUGAAGCAACUGUCAUGUGUGUUCCGGAGAAUGGAUAUAGACUAUUCCAAGAAGAUCUGUUUCGAGGAACUAGCCCAAGGUGUGAAAACGUACAACCUGAAUUUUUCCAACAAGGACUUGCAUGACCUGUUCACUGCACUUGACAGGGACCGUAAUGGCCAGAUUGAUUUCAAAGAGUUCAUGGAUCUUCUAACUCCGCCGCUUAACGAACUCAGGGUCAGGGUAAUCAAUGAAGCCUUUGACAAGCUGGACGUGAAUGGAGACGGGGCCAUUCAGCUGGACGAUCUGAAAAUCGUGUACGCUACAAACGCUAGAAAGCACCCGAACUACCUGUCUGGACAGUGGACAGAAGACGAAACACUACAGCACUUUCUCGACGGCCUGGACACUCCAGGAAGUCCUGACGGCAAAGUGACCAGACAGGAAUUCAUGAAUUACUACGCUGAAGUGAGUGCUACAGUUGAUGACGACUGCUACUUCGACAUGACCAUGAGAGCUUUGUACGGUCUUCCCGCGUUCAAAGCAAAGCAAUGA